CACCUUGGUAGUUAGUACUUACUACUUUAGUGAUUUACUACCUUCAAUCGUAAUUUUGUAAAUUAAAUUAACAGUAAAAGUGAAUACCAAUUUGGAAAUCAAUAAAUCAUUAAUUGAUAUUUAUGUUGCUUAUUAUUAUAGUCUAUAGACUACAAUAGGCACAAAAAAGAAAUAUUAUUGGUACCUAGUUGUAUAACUAGAUUUUUCAAUUACCUUUAUAUCCAAACCGCCGUGGAAAUAGUUUUAAAUGUAAAUGAUAUUAUUGUAAUUUGUUAAACUUGAAACUGGCAAAAUUGUAGAAUCGUAACUCCACACUGAGCCAAAAGAUAAUUAUUGAAUAAGUCAUUCUGUGAUAAAGUUUAAUAAAAUAAUAAACAUGAAAGAUGCAGUAAUGAUCCAUGGAGCUGGUGGUAUCCCAGACAAAUCAUGGAAACCACAAUUUGCAAUUAUUGAGACUUCGAUGGGUCAAAUAACAAUUGAAUUAUACUGGGAUCAUGCUCCAGAGACUUGUCGUAAUUUUGCAGAACUUUGUAGACGUGGUUAUUAUAACAAUACAAAAUUCCAUAGAAUUAUUCGUAAUUUCAUGAUUCAAGGUGGUGAUCCUACUAGCACUGGCAGAGGAGGUUCAUCAAUUUAUGGUAUUCAUUUCGACGAUGAAAUUCAUGAUGAUCUUAGACAUACAGGAGCAGGUAUUGUGUCUAUGGCUAACUCGGGACCUAAUACAAAUGGUUCACAAUUUUUCAUAACAUUAGCACCAACACAAUGGCUAGAUAAAAAACAUACAAUAUUUGGUCGUGUUCAUUCUGGUAUGAAUGUUGUCAAAAGAAUGGGCAUGGUAGAAACGGAUAAAAAUGAUCGACCUGUGGAUGAUGUAAAAAUAUUAAGAGGUGGAAUAAACAUGUAGUAACAUAAAAAUAUAUGUGAACCCUGACUAAAAAAUUUAAAUGUAUUCAACAAUUACAAAUUAUAAUUAAAUAACAUAUAUUUUAUGUCUUGCUAUAAAAAUGGCAAACAUGAUAAAAUGUGUAUGUAUUUUUAAUGUAUUUCAAGCAAUCUGUGAGCAUUAAACCAAAAUGUGUUUUAAUAAUUUCGGUUUUUUUUUACCUUGUUUGGUUUGGAGUCCAGUUUUGAGUGUUUUGAUUUUUGAUAAAAAGUUAUAUAAAUUAUGGUUCUCGUUGACCAGUAAUAGAUUUGACGACUUGUAAGUUAUACACAACUUAAGCUUUAGCAAUUAAACAUUUUUUCAAUUUGUUUACCUUUUUGUUUGAAUGAAAAUAGUCACAAAUUAU